CUGGCGACACUUCGCGUUCGCCUUCCUCGUGCUUCUUUUGACGCGAUCACGCCGCUCUUCCACAUUCAGGCCAGUACAGUAGUGCGACCAAGGUAUAAGUAAGUAAGUAACCAUGGAUGGCUAGAAAUACCGCUGUGUGUGUGUUACCAGAUCUCAAUUGGUCACAGGAAGAUUCGUUCCAUCCAUUAUCUACACCGACCGCACCCACCGGUACGUGGCUACAGCUCUCAUCAUUACAAGGAGAGGAUCGUUACACAUCGUGAAUUCGUCAUGGACCAAGACGACUACCUGUCGCUGUGCCUCGCGGCGGCGCUGGUCGCCGCGUCCCAACAGGCCGCCGGCGACGCGCCACCGUUACGCGCGAGGGCGGCGGCGUCCGAGCUCCGGCCGCUCCACUUCCGCUGCCCCAUCUGCGGCAAGGCGUUCGCGUCGUACCAAGCGCUGGGCGGCCACAAGGCGAGCCACCGCAAGCCUGCUGCUGCGGCGGCGGCAUACGAUGGCAAGGCGCCAUCAUCGCCGUCGUCAUCCGGCCAGCACCAGAAGGGAGCCGUGGCGGCCGGGAUCGGCGGCGCCAGCGCCGGCGGGCGGCACGUCUGCACGGUGUGCCACAGGUACUUCGCCACAGGGCAGGCGCUCGGCGGCCACAAGAGGUUCCAUUACCUGCACGGCCCGUCGGUGCCGGCCUCAUCGCUGCCGCCCAGCACUGCAGGUGCUGCGGCCGGCGUGGGCUGGCUUGACCUCAACCUGACGCCCCUUGCGCCGGACGUUUCAUUUGCCGGAGUCAGACGACGACGGGGCGAGGAUGACGAGGUUCAGAGCCCAUUGCCUUUGCCGGCCAAGAAGCAUCGGGCGUCAACUUCUGCGUGAACUAACUCAAAAGCCAUGCAUAUGCAUGCAUGCAGUAGUCGGGAGACGAAGCAGUGACUGCUGAUCGAGCAGUGGCUAAAUCGAAUAAACAUGGUAGAUGCAUCGUUGUACUCCAGUUGAGUUAUAUUCUAGGGAAAAAACAUGCUACGGUUCUCAUGCCUCUAGCACCAAUAGUCCAAUACCAUACAUGUCCAUAUAUACCCUGCAAACUUUCUCUAGGGAUUUGGAAAGCGGACAAAUUCAGGAAUAUAUAUAACUUGUGCCUUUACAACUUGGUGGCGAACAA